GCACAGAGAACACAACCCGUGCAUUUCACACAGGCAUCCAGAGAAACCCGACCAGAAGACAGCCUGGUACAGUGAUGCUAGAGUAAACUGGCAUUCUAAUAGGCACGCGCUUUCAGCUUUCCUGGCUACAUUUACCGUCCAGAUUUACUUGAGGGGGAAAAAAGUUGGCAGAGAGACCUUGCCCUGCCUCGCGACCUUUUUUUCAUCUACUUUUGAAAGUGAAAAGGCACCGAAGUCAUGCUACAGAGAAAGUAAGUUUCCUUUUUGUAUUUUUAAGAUAAUAACCCCCCUCCGGUUUAAUGAAACCAACGUGCUGAAGUUAUGGCAGCGCUAAGGCGUAAAUUUGGAGAGGACUACCAGGUGGUGAACUCGAACAGAGGCGCGUCUUUCCCCAGCGCCCCGGUGAAGAAGAAGCGCCAGCGCUUCGUGGAGAAGAACGGACGCUGCAACGUCCAGCACGGGAAUCUCGUCGGAGAGACCAGUCGCUAUUUAUCCGACCUUUUCACCACCCUGGUGGACUUGAAGUGGCGCUGGAACCUUCUCAUUUUCAUCCUCACCUAUACCAUCGCCUGGCUGGUCAUGGCCUCGAUGUGGUGGAUCAUCGCAUAUAUAAGAGGGGACUUGAAUCAUGGCCAUGACGCUUCGUACACUCCGUGCGUCGCCAAUGUUUACAACUUCCCGUCAGCGUUCCUAUUUUUCAUUGAAACCGAGGCGACUAUUGGCUACGGUUACCGCUAUAUAACUGAGAAGUGCCCUGAGGGCAUUAUCCUGUUUCUGUUCCAGUCUCUGCUGGGCUCCAUAGUAGACGCGUUUCUCAUCGGCUGUAUGUUCAUUAAGAUGUCCCAGCCCAAGAAGCGCGCGGAGACGCUUAUGUUCAGUCAUGACGCGGUGAUCUCACAACGAGACGGAAAACUCUGCUUAAUGUUCCGCGUGGGCAAUCUGAGGAACAGCCAUAUGGUGUCCGCGCAAAUCAGGUGUAAACUCAUAAAGUCUCGUCAGACGCCGGAGGGUGAGUUCCUGCCGUUGGAUCAGUGUGAACUGGAUGUGGGCUUUGGAACAGGUGCUGACCAACUCUUCCUGGUUUCUCCCCUCACCAUCUGCCACGAGAUCAAUCCCAAGAGCCCUUUCUUCGACCUGUCCCAACGCUCGCUCAUGAACGAGCAGUUUGAGAUUGUCGUCAUCUUGGAGGGCAUUGUAGAGACAACGGGUAUGACAUGUCAAGCUCGUACCUCGUACACAGAAGAUGAGGUGUUGUGGGGUCACCGCUUUCUGCCCGUCAUGUCUCUGGAAGAGGGCUUCUUUCGGGUGGACUACUCCCAGUUUCACAGCACGUUUGAGGUUCCCACGCCACCCUAUAGCGUGAAAGAAUAUGAGGAGAAAUCCUCGCUCCCCUCCCCCCUGGUCACACCGCACCGGGAGCGAGUGUUUUCCAUGGACUGCCUGGAAGCAGGUGAGGAAGGGGCACAUCCUGGAAGCGCUUCUUGCAAGCUGCCCAGCAAACUUCAGAAAAUGAGCUCGUCUGGUAGAGAAGAUCUGCAGAGGAAGGUACUACGCUUGAGCUUGCAGCAGUCCGAAAAGGCUUCGAGCACGGGGGACCUUCCUCUUAAACUACAACGCCUCAGCUCCAGCCCUGGACAGGUUGACGGAGAGGCACGAUUCCACCUCAAAGCCCUCAAAGUGGGUUUCCAGCCCAUGGCCAUGUCCACGGGAGACCUCCACCUGAGAAGUCUGCCUCCCACCCCAGCGGCCAUCCCCACACACACCCACGGUCCUCCACACACGCCUGGUGGCCGACCAGAGGACAACCUGCCUCCCAAAUUAAGGAAGAUGAAUGCAGAUCGCUGACCUAGAAGUGCUUUUGAAACUUUCUCCUAAUCUGAGAGCAGUUCACAGUGUUUAUGUACAAUGAGCAUGGACAACUACAUCCAGAUUAGAGCAAAAUUAUUGUUUUGCUUGGAACUAAAUAAGGACUCUUGUAGAGUAACGGUAACAUGUCAAGUAUUAACUUUCUGACUGCACAAUGAAUGAUUGCAGUGG